GGCACUGGCCACCUGCCUCACAAGUCACAAAUUUCAAUUUUCAAACGACUAUGAUACAGGCAAGUUGGCUUUGCUAGCUAGGCAGUAUUAAGAUGCCAAACCGCCACAUAGCUAGCUUACAUACACGCAAUUAAGGUCAAACAUUUUGCUCUCUACUGCUUCCAUAGUUCCAAAGACAUCUCAGGAACCAACACUGUUUGCUCAAGGGCUAGCUAGCUGCUGGUGAUCACACAGCAUGGCGACCAAGUACAUCAUCGGAUCAGUGGCUGCAUCCUUCGCAUUCGCCUAUGUCUGCGAGAUCUACAUCGCGGAAGGAAAGCUUCUUGGAGGCACGACGACUCGGACCAUGGCGACUGACGAGUGGGGGAAGGAGACGGACAAGAAGUUCCAGGCGUGGCCGCGGACGGCCGGGCCGCCGGUGGUGAUGAACCCCGUCAGGCGCCAGAACUUCAUCGUCAAGUCGUCUGAAUAAAUCUUCUUCAUCAGCCCUCCCUAGCAUUCUCUCGGGGAAGAAAGAAAGCCAAUAUUGUUGCGCGCGUGUGCUGAUUAAGCCCGUGCACAAUUCACCUCCUGUUUCAGACUUUCAGUUAAAGCAAACUAGCAUGUAUUUUUGCUGUAAUUUUUGUGUUAAUUCCCGGUGAGAAAUCAGCUCGAACCGCACGGUUAAAUGCUAUAGCAUCGCGACGAUCCUCGCAGUUUGUUUCUGAUAAUAUUUAGUGUUCUUCAGGGACGAAAAUGAUACUCCGUAGAAUAGUAACCUCGAACAAUUUGUAGUAUUUAUGUUCGAAACAGAUUUAGAAUUUGUUUUGUUUGAAGUUGCAAACAUAAUAUUCAGAGAGCCGCAUCAAAAUUCCAUAAAUUAAA